AUGACAUCGCCUGUCGUUACCGGAGUAAAGCGGUCCUAUGCGACCAUGGCAUUGUCCUGGGACGGCCAGCCGCCAGAGCCACGCCCCGAACCGCGCCCACCACCCCGGUUCUUGGCCGCCGAAAGCAGAGAUGCUGCCCACCUACCUUCCUUCCACGCGACGCCGGCAUUCUCAGCCGCCCCGGCUCCCGGAGAGUACGAGUCGGCUUGCCAAUUGCCGUCGGCGCACACAGCCUCCGUCCGCGCGCCGGCUCGCUACGACGCAGACGCAUCUAUCGUCAUCGCCGGUGUUCGUGGUGCCGGCAAGACAACCCUGGCCGUGAUCGCUUCGUCUGCCAUGAACCGCAAAGUCGUCGAUCUCGAAAUGGCCUUUCGUGAGGUCACAGGUUUUUCCAGCCCAGCCUACAAGAAGGCCUAUGGCGCUGCAGCCUGCCAGAGUCGCGAGCUCAGCAUCUUGUACGAUAUCUUUGACAGGCAUGGGAAGAAUGCCGUCAUUGUCUGCUCGUGGAUCGAGCGGGAACUCCAGUCGGCUUUGGAGCGGUUGGGAAAGACGAACCCUGUCAUCUAUGUUCUCCGCGACCCAAAAGCCAUCCAGAGUCAUCUCAGAAUUGCGACCCUCGAGAAAGCCCGCGACAUCAUGGGCGCGACCAGCACCUUCUUCAGAAAGUGCACGCACUUUGAAUUCUUCAACGUCUCCGAGGAUAACUCCAUGCCGAGCGAAUUCACAAACGACCGCCUCCCCUCGCCCACGGCCGAGCCUGAUCGACCUACCGCCCCGUAUCUCACACUCAAGCGAGCCGAGAGACACUUCCUCAAGUUCCUUUCGCUGAUCCUGCCGAGCGGCGCCAUCCCUUUCAUUGAGUCUGCCUUCCCAUUGGCAGGCGUUCCCGUGGAGGAGAGACGUUUCACUUACGCUAUCUCGGUGUCGCUCUCAUCCUUCUCUCGAGGUGACCUGGACAUUCAAGAGCUCGAAGUUGGUGCCGAUGCCAUAGAGAUUGUUGUGGAUGAUCUCGUUACCAAUUACGCUAGUCAUCUGCGGGAGUCCCCCGACAUCCUGACUCACCGAGCCAGCGACAUCAGCCGUGUAUUGGCUCAGGUCAGACGGGAUACAGUCAUCCCAAUCUUACUUCACGUGGCAUUUCCGCACGCUGCGCUCUCCGACGAGUACUGGCGAGCUCUGUACAUUUCGUACGUUCGACACGGCAUACGCCUCGCGCCCGAGUACAUCACCGUCGAUCUAAGGCUUGACAGCUCUCUCCUGUCCGACAUCAUCACCGCCAAGGGAGCUUGCAAAGUCGUGGGCAACCUCCAAUUGCAGGACACCGAUCCACCACCCUGGAGUGCCUCAUUCUGGCGCUCAUACUACGAAAAGGCCCAGGCCACCGGCUGCAAUUUGACAAGAUUCACCAGAACCGCCGUCAGCUCUGCCGACAAUUUUGACGUACGACUUGUCCACCACGCUGCGGAGUCGGUUCCGGGCCCGAGGUUGCCGCUAAUAGCGUACAACACGGGUGUCCUUGGGCGAACGUCGGCAUGUUUCAACCAGAUUCUUACAUCGGUUAUACCGCGAGGCGUGCAGCGAGAUCAUGACCAAGCCAACCCAGAUACCGCCGAUUUGCCGUAUCCGUCGCUGACGGCCCUGGAAGCCACGCAAGCUCUGUACUCAUCCUUUUACUACCACCCCAUGAGACUGUACGUCUUUGGCGCCAAUGUCAGCUACAGCUUGUCCCCAGCCAUGCACAACGCGGCUCUCAAGGCCUGCGGCAUCCCCCAUCACUACGAGCCUCGAUCUACAAGCACCAUCGCGAGCUUGCAAGACCUCGUCAACGACCCUCACUUCGCUGGUGCCUCGGUCGGUUUGCCUUUCAAGGUUGAGAUCAUCAGCCUGACACACUCCCUGAGCCGACAUGCCCGGGCGAUUGGUGCCGUCAACACACUGAUUCCUGUGCGGAAUCUCAACCGUGACGGUAGCAUCCCCAACGAUGCGUUGCUAUCCAACGGGAGAAACUUGGCAGGCCCGGUGAAGGCCCUUUAUGGAGAAAACACAGAUUGGAUUGGUAUUCGAGCGUGUAUCCGUCGCGGCCUUUCUCCCGCCAAUGCAGUGAGGCCCAGCAGUUCCGCGCUCAUCGUCGGAGCCGGUGGCAUGGCCAGGGCAGCCGUCUAUGCCAUGUUGCAGCUCGGGGUUAAGAAUAUCCUCAUCUUCAACCGGACACUUGCUCAUGCCGAGAAGCUUGUCUCGCACUUCGAGACGUUACUGGCCCGUAACGGGCUGCCUUUAUUCAACUCCAUCUACGGGCCCAAGGGGACAACGAGGUUUCAUAUCAUUCGGUCUCUCGAUGAUUCCUGGCCAGAGGGUUACAAACGUCCCACAAUCAUCAUUUCGUGCAUUCCGACGCACGGCAUUGGCGGCAGCCCAGCCCCGGACUUCACGGUCCCCGCCCAGUGGCUGGAGAGUCCCACGGGUGGCGUCGUGCUAGAGCUCGAGUACAAGACAUUGAAUAGUCCACUGUUGGAGCAGGUCCGGAAGGAAUCCCAUAGGGGCUGGUUGGUAAUGGACGGGCUGGAUCUGCUGCCUGAGCAGGGCUUUGCUCAGUUUGAGCUUUUCACCGGACGCAGAGCGCCCCGCCGUCUGAUGAGACGAGAGGUUUUCAAGGCAUAUCCUGACGACCAUAGACGUUCCAACUUUGCGCGACUAGAGCCCCGGCUCAACAACAUCACCGCGCAGGAGCCCUGA